GUUAACUCCAGGCUGUAGCAAGAUGGCGUCCCUGGAUCGGGUGAAAGUACUGGUAUUGGGAGACUCAGGUGUUGGGAAAUCUUCACUGGUUCAUCUUCUGUGUCAAAAUCAAGUACUGGGAAAUCCGUCAUGGACUGUGGGCUGUUCAGUAGAUGUCAGAGUUCAUGACUACAAAGAAGGAACCCCAGAAGAGAAGACCUACUAUAUAGAAUUAUGGGAUGUUGGCGGUUCUGUGGGCAGUGCCAGCAGUGUGAAAAGCACCAGAGCAGUGUUCUACAACUCUGUAAAUGGUAUUAUUUUAGUACAUGACUUAACAAAUAAGAAGUCAUCCCAAAACUUGUAUCGUUGGUCAUUGGAAGCUCUCAACAGGGACUUGGUGCCAACUGGAGUAUUGGUAACAAAUGGGGAUUAUGACCGGGAACAGUUUGCUGAUAACCAGAUCCCACUGUUGGUAAUAGGGACUAAACUGGAUCAGAUUCAUGAAAACAAGCGCCACGAAGUUUUAACUAGAACUGCUUUCCUGGCUGAGGAUUUCAAUGCAGAAGAAAUUAAUUUGGAUUGCACGAAUCCACGGUAUUUAGCUGCAGGUUCUUCCAAUGCUGUCAAGCUCAGUAGGUUUUUUGAUAAGGUCAUAGAGAAGAGAUACUUUCUGAGAGAAGGUAAUCAGAUUCCCGGCUUUCCUGAUCGGAAAAGGUUUGGGGGAGGAACAUUAAAGAGCCUUCAUUACGACUGAAUCACACUCAUCAUCUGGAAGAGUGAGCAAGCCGUGGCAGUCAUGCACAGCCUCCUUCUUGCCAUGUUGAUGAUUAAUGUUGCAGCCUUUUCACAGAAUCAUCUUAAAAGGCCACCCUUCAGCCGCACCUUUCAAUGGAAAGCUGAAAGGAAGUGACCGUGUGGGAGGUCCAAACUUUGUCCCUGUCCUCUCUGCUCCUCACCUUUCUGUCCCUGUUUCUAGAUUAUGUAAAAGCCCUGUGGAAAUAGGAGAUGUUGUCAAAGUGAUGCAGUAAAUGAGCAGUGACAGAGUGCUGCAGAGAAAAUUUACUCUUCCCAGAACUGGAAGGUUUUUAUAGGUCUGUAAUUUUCCCCACACUCCUUGCUGGAGGCUUAAUUAAAUACUUCAGAAAUGUAUCUCUGUUGUUUGACCCUCUUGAGGGGAAAGGUUAUGUUAACCAGCCCUGGGUCAUGCAACCCAAACAGUCUCUGUCAUUUUCAGAGAAGCAAAAUGGUGUUAUUUAAUUGUGGCCCCUCUCAUCGCACACAGGGAUGCCUUAAGAAUAGCAGCCCUAGUCUCCCACUCCUAUGCUUUGCAAGUGGUUUGGUGGCUAGAAGAGGCAGGCUCAGAGCUGGAGUUAAAUAUAGAUUAAUAAUACAUAGAGAAUGGCAGUACCAGAAAAGAAGAAUUCUCCCAGAGAUGGACAGCUCACUCACUAAAUCCUUCACUCUAGGUUCCAGAUGUCUACACUGUCUUAUUGUGUUCUAUUUGGAAAUAGGUGGGGUGAGAUCUCAGACCUGUAUGAGAGCACCAAGAGAGAAUUACGGCCUCUUUGGUUUCUGGGUUUUUUGUUUUUUUUUUUAAGGAAAGUCAGCUCCUGAAAUGCCUCUUAACUGUAGUCAGUAAACUAAGAAUUUUAUUCUCUGUGUCAACAAUGUAUUUAUGGAGAGAAGUAAAAAUAAGUUCCACAGCAACACAUUUACAUGAAUUAUGGACUAGGAUUCUUAGAUUUCAUAAUCCAACGUUUUUUGAGGGUGGUGGUGUAUAUGUGCGUAUGCAUAAUUGUUCAUCGUUACUUUUUUUACCCAUCUUUUCUGCUUGUUUAAUUCUCUCUGCCCUGGUUCUUUAAUAUAUAGACCUCAUUUCCAAAAACUGCAAUUUGCUGCCUUAUUCAACACCCAUUUUCCUGCUUUGGCUCUGCAGCAGGUCAAAAAUCACUCCUGAUUUUGUUCCAUAUUAACAAAUAAUAAUAAGCACACAAUUUCAGCUUUGCAUUUUAAAACUAGGCAAAAAACACUAAAUUCACUUUCUCUUGCAUUUUAAUUAAAUUUCAGAAGUCCUUUGGAAAUCCAGGUAUGCUAAAAAGAGGCACUUAGAAUAAGAACAUUAGGCAGUGCUUUUAGAAAAGCAGUUGUAGCAAUUUGGAAAAGGAUUUUUAAAGCACUUUUCGUCAGCUAGAAUAUUCUCCAGUCUUUCUUCGCAUCCUCGGCCACAAGACUUAGCCCUGAUUUUUUUCCCACAAAAGGGAGCUAUGCAAAUCAGGCUCUGUAUGUGGAGUUUGGCACAAGCCUGUUGUGACAGAGACUUGCAGGUAGGAAGCAGAAAGUCAAUGCAUAGACAAAGACCUGAGCCAACUAAAGCUCUUUGUAUUCCUCUUUUAAGAAAUAAAUUUUU